UGCCUUUGAGCAGCUUCAAGUCAUUGAGUGGAGAAUUUUCUGCAUUGCAGAGAUCCAUACUACGUGUUUAAUUUUAAUACCAGAACCAGAGCACCGGAUCAGUAUCAGUUGGAAGUGAUCGUCAGAGGGAGAAAGUAUACAAAUAUAACAAAAUGAUGAAGAUGCGAGCGAUCAGAUGUCCUACGGACGAACUGAGCUUGAGAAAUCUCGCAGCUAUCAGCCCUACGGAUUUUCCAAAAGAUAUCAAAUAUAUUGAGGUGACGACUUUGCCAAACCAGAAUUAUGUAUUUACUGUUGAGACACACAACGAUGUGCCUCGUGGAUGUGUCGGAUUUAGUUUACCCCAGAGAAAGUGGGCCGCACUUUCGGUCGAUCAAGAAAUAGAUGUACGUCCAUAUCAGUUUGACGCAUCGUCGAAGUCUAAUUUCUUAGGUACUAUUGUGUUAGAAGCUGAUUUCCUGCAGAAAACAAAGACAACAACGGAGCCGUAUGACACUGACUUGAUGGUCAAGGAUUUUCUUCUAAAGUUUUCUGGUCAUGCAUUUACAGUGGGACAGCAACUGGCGUUUCAAUUUGGCGACAAAAAAAUGCUGGGAUUGGUGGUAAAGGAUCUGGAGGCACUUGAUGUCACAGCUAUUGAGCAAGGACAGAAAUCUAAGCCCAUCAAAACAAGAAUGGGUCGGUGUCUCGGUGACACGGUGAUUCAGUUUGAGAAGGCUGAGCAAUCGUGUUUGAAUCUGGUCGGCAAGGCAAAGGGGACAGUUAUGCGACAGUCGAUUAUUAAUCCUGACUGGGAUUUCGCUAAAAUGGGAAUAGGUGGUUUGGAUAAAGAGUUCAGCGCUAUUUUCCGUCGUGCAUUUGCUUCGAGAGUAUUUCCAACUGAUAUUAUGACGCAGCUGGGAUGCAGACACGUUAAGGGUAUUUUGCUCUACGGACCACCUGGUACGGGAAAAACUCUUAUGGCUCGUCAGAUUGGUACCAUGUUGAAUGCGAGAGAACCUAAAAUCGUCAAUGGCCCGCAGAUUCUUGACAAGUAUGUGGGAGAAAGUGAAGCCAACGUCAGGAGAUUGUUUGCCGAAGCUGAAGAAGAGGAAAAGAAACUGGGUCCAAACAGUGGUCUUCAUAUUAUUAUUUUUGAUGAAAUCGACGCUAUCUGUAAGUCUCGUGGUAGUGUCGCUGGUAACACUGGCGUCCAUGACACUGUCGUGAACCAAUUGCUGUCCAAAAUAGAUGGUGUAGAGCAGCUCAAUAAUAUUCUCGUGAUUGGUAUGACUAACCGACGAGACAUGAUUGACGAAGCUUUGCUACGUCCUGGACGAUUGGAGUUACAAAUGGAGAUCAGUUUGCCAGAUGAGACUGGAAGAUUCCAAAUCUUAAAUAUUCACACAUCGAGAAUGCGUGAACACAAUAAAAUUGCUCCGGAUGUCGACUUGAAAGAGCUUGCAGCGCUUACGAAAAAUUUUAGCGGCGCCGAAUUGGAAGGUUUGGUAAGAGCUGCUCAGAGUACAGCCAUGAAUAAAUUAAUUAAAGUUUCGAGUAAAGUGGAAUUGGACCCUUCGGCGAUGGAAAAACUUAUGGUGUCAAGAGCAGACUUUCUACAUGCGCUAGAAAAUGACGUAAAGCCAGCAUUUGGUACAGCCGCAGAAGUACUGGACCACUUACUCGCUCGUGGCAUCAUCAACUGGGGACGUCCCGUGGCUGAAAUUAUUGCCGACGGUAAUUUGGAUAUCCAGAAGACAAGAGCUGCCGAAGGCUUCGGUCUUGUCUCUGUUCUACUGGAAGGUCCUCCCAACAGCGGAAAGACUGCGUUAGCUGCACAAAUUGCUAAGAACUCAGACUUUCCCUUCGUCAAAGUUUGCACUCCCGACGACAUGGUCGGACACACUGAGACUGCCAAGUGUCUCGCGAUCCGUAAAUUCUUCGACGAUGCUUAUCGCUCUCAGCUGAGUUGUAUCCUGGUUGACAAUAUCGAACGUCUCCUAGAUUACGGAUCAAUCGGUCCGAGGUAUUCCAAUCUGACACUUCAGGCAUUGCUAGUGUUGUUGAAAAAACAGCCACCUCGUGGUAAAAAAUUGCUCGUACUCUGUACUACUAGUGACAGACAAGUUCUCGACGACAUGAAAUUGAUAUCAGCAUUCAAUACCGUUCUCCAUGUACCAAAUUUAUCAACACCCGACCAUUUGCUAGCAGUAUUAGAAGACCAAGACGUAUUCACAAAGUCAGAACUUUCGAGCUUGCAUGCAAAACUUCAAGGAAAACGAGUCUUCAUUGGCAUCAAGAAACUAUUGGGACUGAUCGACAUGGCUCGACAAGUAGAUCCAAGUUACCGAAUACCGAAAUUCUUGUCAAAACUCGAAGAGGAAGGUGGUCUUGAGUAAUCUCUCCUCGACAAAUAAGCCUGUAAAAUUUACUGUAAUUAUUUAUUUAUCAUGUAUCCUAUAGUCAAUUCGCUGAAUUUUUUGAGUAUUAAACUAACAAGGGUUUUUUAAUUCAGCUCAAUUGGACGAAGUUACCGCUGGUUCGCGUAUAAAUUAAUUAAUACAAAGUAUUGAUGUAAGAAGCGCCGGCAGAUCGCGAAUUAAAUGCUUAUUCGUGAUUAUUUAAAUGGAGGAUUGUUUUGUGAUUAAAUGUCAAAAUAAUUUAAAUAACCAAGUAACGUAGUGUCUCGUGACUAGAUAAAUGAAAUCAAUAUAUUAGUAUCUCUUACGCAUUUCUGUCCUCUUAAAUGCACAGAUGAUAAAUUCAUUAGAAUUCAUUCCAGGACACUACAAAUGUGUCCGAAUAUUUUACUACAAUAUAUCGAUCGAGUUUACCUGGUAGCAUUUAAACAAGUUUGUGCACUUCAAAAUAUAAUAUAUAAGUAUAUAAAUAUAUAUAUUAAUUGAUAAUAAAUAUACAAAUAAAUAAUUGACGUUAAAUUGACAACGAGUGCAUUGAAAAAUCUCUUAGUUUCAGUUCCAGAUAAAAUAUAUCAGUCGCGCGAAAAUUUUGAAAUUCAAAUUUUCUAGAAGAAGCUAUCAUUUUUAGUUUAAUUUUGAAAAUCUGACUCUCUACAAACUCAUGCCUUUUUUAUUUAGUUUUCAAAUUUUUUCAGGGAACAGAAAUGAAAAGUUUUCUUUUUUAAUUUUGACAUUUUCGCGCCUCUGAUAUAUUUAAUCAGAACUAGAAGCGGAUAAUUUCCACAUGCGCUCUACAAUAAUUAUAAACUGUCUUUAGGUUUAAGUUGCGUUGAAUAACAGAAGUGCUAUAGUUUGAAUUUAUUUGAAAAAUUGUUGUUUUAUUAAAUAAUAACAGAUAAAAAAAAUGUACUGCCGGUUUAUCAGAGCAGUAUAAAGGUAUUAAAGUUUUUUUUGCCGGUCAAAAAAAUAAAUAAAUAUUGAGCAUUUGUUCGUAACAUUUAUAGUUUAUAACUAUUUAAAUUAUUGUAAACUUGCGCUCGUAGAUUAAUUUUAAUUAAAUUUUAUUUAAUAUAAAAUAUCGCGUUGUUAAUUCCAAAGAGACGUGCAUUUUUAUUUACUUGAAUUUAAAAUUUUGAGCUUUAGAAUGAGUCUCCAAGACGAUUUGUAAUAAAAAAAUUAUACUCCCUUUUGGCUCGGAGAAGCCCAGAGCGCGAAUAAAAAUGUGUCUUUUUGGAAUUAGUAACGAGAUAUAAAAUAAAAUAUAAUAAAAUAAAAUAAAGGAAUUUAUGAAGCAAUAAUUAUCAUGCUUUGAUAAUAAGACAAGAUCAAGAGUUUAUUACGUAUGAUCUUGAUAAUCUAGAUGGAUUAUCUAGAAUAAGGCUUAGGUACUUGUAGAGUUUGAUCGAUUUAUUAUAUAAAUAUAUGUAAAAAUAUGUUUCCAAAUUACUAUACUGUAAUGUUUAUUUCGUCAUUCCAGCCAAGGGGCCUAAAACUUUUUUUUUACUGAGUUUUCUUAAUUAUUAGUUCUCUAUUAAUAUUUAUUUUGUGUAAGGUCUCAGUUAUUUAUAUCAGCCAUUUUUUUAAAACUAUUUUUGAUGAUUGUAAACUUAUUAAUUGUCGGAAAACAGUCAUAUAUUUUUAUUGUAGUUAAAUGUUCGGUGUUGAUGAGUUUUACUAAAUAAAUAGUUGAUAUUUGUUGUUGAAUGUCAAUUGUGUGGGAUAAUCAUUGCGUUGUAAUAAUUGUGAUUGGAAGGAAACUUAUUACGGAUCUCGAAGGAAAAUAUUGAGAUAGUAUUGUUAUUACAAAUGUUAAUUAAUUGUAUUUAGUGCAGUCUGUAAAGAAGAAAUAAAAAUUUAUGCGUAUGUGAAAA